AUGGCUGAGUACACCCAACAGUCAGCCCCGACGCCAUCGACAGGGCACAUGUACAAGGCAGCACAGAUAGCUCACACAACACCAUUCAAACAGCAACCACAGACAACACGCACGGUGCAUACAGGCGAACCGAAGCACUCGCCACAGACAGCACAGACGCUGCCGAAGGAGCACGCGCGGGGACACGGCGGUCUGUUCGGUGGUCACCGCCGCCGCACAGUCACCACACGGAAGCAGACGCGAGACCAGCCAAGUCUAGAAGGCACUGAGCAUGCGCAUGGGGCAGACGGUGCAUGUGACUCGUCACAGACGCACUUGCAGGGGGUGGGCGCCAGUGUGCUGUCGUACCCUCAGAGUGCGUUGAACGGCAAUGUUGGCCGAAGGAAAAGGGGCGCUAAGGUGGACGCGGACGUAGCCAAGCACCUGUUUGAGGAUAAGUAUUCGAACCAUCAGGGCUCGCGUAUCAGGCUGGGUACCACUGCACGUGAGAUGUACUCAGCAGUCCAGCAGGGCUCAGCGGUCGACUUCUCCGCUUUGGAGUAUAAGAUACACGCGUCUAGAAUAGGGAAUUGA